AUGACUGCACCAGUCGGCGACACGUCCAUGUCGCGAUACGACUCAUCACCCGGCGAACUCUCUUCGCCCCCCUCUGGAUCGCUUUCUGACCCCGGUUCACCAUCACGGAACGGCUCUAGUAGCCGCCCACCACAAGACUACGACGAAAUCGUAGUCGUUUCCAGCGACGGUAAAUACGAACACAUCGGCCACCAAAACCAUGGUGACCGACCUCGACCUCCUCUACCACCUCAAUCAGGCACAGGACCUGCUCGACGAUAUGCACUAGUCGAUAACCAAUGGGUGCAAUUAACUGCCGCAGGUGUCCCCAGGAAGAAGCCAGGACGUAAGCCCGGCACCAUUGUGAAGCCCCGAACCUCAGACGGCGCCGAUAUAGCUAAGGCUGCGCGAAAGCCCCGAAAGCCCCGCGACCCUAACGCACCACCCAUGCCACGAAAGAGGAAGAUUGUUACCGGCGAUGGUGAGGAGGAUGUUCCUUCAGACUCCAAGUCACUCGCCGCUGCUGGAGUUACCAUCGCGGGCCAGUCACAUAUCGCCGACGCCUCCAUUCUUUCAGCAUCUUCACCUGCUCAACAUCACCUUCAAACGCCAUCAUCAUCUCACAAACUAGAGCAGCGUUAUUCACCCAAGAUGGCGAAGCGAGAACACUUUGGCUCCAUGCAAAGCCUUUUGAACUCAGACCCUCCAGCGGAACGACCUUCCUCACAACCACAGUCUCAGCCUAACGGUUCUACAUCAAUUCCUGUGCGAACAAGCGGCCAGAGUUACGAUCCUAUCCGCGGUAACUACGAUCCAGUGCGCGAGACAAUGGUCUCCCACAACUCUUAUAACUCUGCCUCUGGAUCACCACGGGCUCCUUCUCAAAUACCCAACCGCUCGCCGACUAUUGCAAGUCUUCUUCAUGGAACUGAAUCACGUAGCCCGUAUCAACCACCGUCGAACCAGCCUCGCUUUCAGGCACCUGAGCCCUCCCAGCCUCCAUCCCCGUCUAAAGAGCCUCAGACAGUAUCGACACCGACACCAACUCCUUCCUCACGACCACCUGUGCAAGAACCCAAGAAGGAUCCCGCCCCUCCGCCACCAGUGCAACGCCCUGUCAUCAGGGAAUCCAACUUCACAACGAUCUCUAAUGGUCCUAUCAAGAAAUCAUCGCCCAAGCAGAAACCCCAUACUGGAGUUUCAACGCCCAAGACCGACAAUCUUGAUGACAUGCAGGAAGGCGAAGGUCGUUCGAUCCUCGACUUUGGUCGGGCCAAGCCGGGUGAAGAAGCCCAAGCUCCUACAAUUGUUCUUAGUGUACCUAUACAGCCCGGAGAAACGAACAGAUACGUCAACUUCAUGCGCAUGGCCGAAGACCGAUAUGGAUGGGACGCUCUUCACCCUCGUUUGGCCGCUAACCGGGACCGCAAAGCUCGAAUCGCUGCGGCAGCUGCCUCCCUAGAAAAGGCGGAGUCUGGCCGUGAAUCCGGCGAUGAAAUGUCCGUUGAUCUCUCCGAUGGCGAGGGUAGCAACCCCGACAACGGUGUUACCAGCGGUGCCGAUGCGCAGGCCAAGCCUAAGAAGAAGCGCAACUUCAAAGAGGACCAAUACGACGUUGAUGAUGAUUUUGUGGACGAUUCAGAGCUUCUUUGGGAAGCACAGGCGGCAGCAAGCCGUGACGGAUUCUUUGUUUACUCAGGCCCAUUGGUGCCUGAGGUUGAAAAGCCAGCUGCUGGACAAGAGGGACCCCCCAAACGAGGACGUGGUGGACGAGGCAGCCGAGGAGGUGCACGAGGUGCAUCGACUCGGGGCGGAGCUGGCACCGGUCGUGGAGGUGGCCCAGGAUCCCGUGGUGGUGCCGUUACUAGGAAGCCUCGCAUUACUAAACAGGAGAAGGCACAGCGUGAGCGCGAGAAGGCGGAGCGCGAGACCAUGGCCCAAAUGGCCAAGACACCUACCCACAGUGGCUAUUCGCUGAACCCUACCACACCAUCGUUUGCCGUCAGUGAAUUGGGCGCUUAG